AAAUUGAAUCGUAACACAUUCAUUGCAUCCUCAUCUAACAAUUACCAGCAAAAUUGUAAUUUUUGCGACUCAAAAGAGCAUUUUCUUGUUAAAUGCCCGUUGUUUUUGAAUCUGUCCCCAAGUUUGCGCCACAAGGAGGCCAAGCGAUUGCAUCUUUGCCUAAACUGCUUGCGCAAAGGCCAUGGCUUGCAGCAAUGUCGCUCAGGUCACUGCAGGCAUUGUCAACAAAAACAUCAUUCGUUGCUGCACAUGAGCCCCAUCACAACUCAAUCAUCUGCCCUGUGUACACCAAGCUUGCAGGCUGCAGCCACGAUCCAGCCUCACGCAUCGUCUUCAAGUAAUCCACCAUCUUCAACUCUCGUCAGCACUGCUCUUGAAUUCGCACCUGAAGCCACGAAUGCCCAGCCUGUAGACUAUGUGGUGCUUCCAACCGCCAUCUUAUAUGCCAAGAGCCACUCAGGUGUAUUCAUACCCUGUCGUGCAUUACUGGAUUCUGGAUCUCAACUCAACUUUAUCACUGCUCGUCUAGUAAAGCAACUCCAACUCAAAACUCAUCAUGCUGCCGUAUCAAUAUCUGGUAUAGGCGAAUCAACCCUAUCUUCUAACAUGUCCACUGACAUAUCAGCGCAGUCACGUGAUAGGAGCUUCAGCACAUCAUUUUCAGCAGUCGUUACUCGCACUAUAACGGAUUAUCAGCCCCACUUUGGGUUAGACAUCUCUGGGUGGAAUAUCCCCAAAAACAUCUCGCUCGCGGAUCCAACGUUUUUCAAAUCUCAAAGAAUAGAUUUAUUACUUGGUGCCGGACUAUUUUUCGAUCUCAUUUGCAUCGGCCAAAUUCGAAUGGCGGAUAACCUACCAACGCUCCAAAAGACCAAGCUCGGAUGGAUUGCGUCUGGCGGACUCUCUCGCGUACACAACAAACACACAUCCCUUUCAGCCCUUUACAAGGAACCUAAUCCAUGGGAGGAUCCACUGUCGGAUAUUGUAAAACGAUUCUGGGAAGUCGACAAUUGCUGCGGUACAACCCCUGCGCUCUCUGAUGAAGACGCACUAUGUGAGCAGUUAUUUCUCCAAGGCUACACGCGACUAAAGUCAGGGCAGUAUUCAGUUAGGCUUCCAGCAAAGCUCAGCUUCGACACGCUAGGAGACUCAUAUCAACGUGCUCUACGACGUUUCAAGUCGCUCGAAAACAAAUUGGACAAAAAUCACCAGCUGAAGGAGAGCUACUCUGCAUUCAUGCGCGAAUACAUCGACUUGGGCCACAUGUCUUUGGCUUCCAAGCAGCAGCUUGUCCCACAAUUCUAUUUACACCACCACUGCGUAGAAAAGCCAGAUAGCUCAACCACCAAAUUGCGCGUCGUUUUUGAUGGAUCAGCCAAAUCCACAUCAGGCGCAUCUCUGAAUGAUCUUUUGCAUACAGGCCCAACAAUUCAACCCAAAUUAUUCAACAUUCUAAUUCAGUUUCGUUUUUUAAAGGUUGCCAUGUGCGGUGACAUCUGUAAGAUGUACCGCUGUGUCCGAAUAACGCAUCCAGAUCAAUUUCUGCAAUGCAUCUUAUGGCGUGAUCACCAAAAUGAAAGCAUAAGGACGUACACCCUGGAUACAGUAACUUAUGGAACUAAACCCGCUGCAUUUCUAGCAAUUCGAGCGAUGCAGCAGCUGGCCCACGACGAAGAGCCUACCUUUCCACUAGCUGCAAAGAUAGUUUGUCGCGACUUCUACGUAGACGAUUUAAUUUCUGGAGGGGACUCUAUAGAAGAAGCCAUUCAGAUCCGACAGCAAGUAAAACUGCUACUGGCUAAAGGUCACUUUCCAAUCAGAAAGUGGUGCUCAAACGAGCCUGAUGCAUUAAAAGGAGAAAGCGAAUCCAAUUGUGAGAAGCUAAUGGAGUUCAAGGAUGGCACCAACAUUGCAAAGACGCUUGGUUUAGCUUGGAGCCCUAGCUCGGAUAGCCUGCUUUUCAACUUUGCGGAGAUCGUACCCGAAGGACCAGUCACAAAGCGGAGCAUAUUAUCAAUGAUAGCGAGAUUUUACGAUCCGCUCGGAUUGAUCGCUCCCAUCGUUACCAGGUUAAAGGUAUUUCUCCAAGCACUGUGGAAGGAAAGGGUCAAUUGGGACGAAUGCCUGUCGCAGUCGCUACACUUCGAAUGGAUCAAACUCAUAUCGCAACUCUCAUUUGUCAGCAGCUUGAAAUUCUCCCGUUUUGUAUUGAUGCCGCUAGCUACGUAUGAGCUGCAUGGAUUUUGCGACGCCAGCACAGCCGCUUAUGGUGCUUGCGUAUUUGUCAGAUCCGAAAUGCAAGGGGUAUUUUCAUCACAUUUGCUAUGCUCUAAAUCAAGGGUCGCCCCAUUAAAGACGCUGACAAUCCCAAAGCUUGAGCUGGCAGCUGCACUUUUAUUAUCAGAGCUCAUAGGGAACAUUGCCAAGUGCAUUCAGUUCGAAUGCAGAUAUCAUUGCUGGACCGACUCAACAGUAGCGCUUGCAUGGAUUCGUGAAUCACCUUCAAAGUUUAACGUCUUUGUAUCCAACAGGGUAUCACAAAUACAGGAGCGAACCAAGGGCAUGACCUGGCAUCAUGUACCCUCUCAGCUGAACCCUGCGGACAUUUUAUCACGUGGAUGCACACCUUUGGAACUUUUAGACUCACAGCUAUGGCAUAAUGGACCCCCAUUUAUACAGGCCGCUAGCUCGACUUGGCCUCAAAACGUCGCCUACCCCUUUGAGCUUCCAGAACGACGCCAGAAAGUGCUGGUAGUAUCAACGAAGACGGACCUAUCGGCAUCUUGUAAAUUCAACAACACAUUUGCCAAGUUACAGCGCACUUUCGCAUACGUGUAUCGAUUUAUUGCGCUAAAAAGAUCUGAUUCGACGAGUUCAAAAGGUCCACUCACUCCAGAUGAUAUCAAGUGCGGAACGCAUUUACUUAUAAAAAACAUUCAACUUACGCACUUCGCCGAAGAGUACAAAGCACUCAGCUUAAAAAGGCCGCUUCCAACAAGAAGCAAACUUCGUUCAUUGUGCCCACUGUUGGACGCUGAGGGACUCUUGCGCAUCGGCGGGCGCCUUCAGAACUCAAACUUGGAAUAUGAAGCAAAGCAUCCGUUAUUGUUGCCUAAACGCCACCCAGUCACCGCAGCUAUGAUCACAUAUUAUCAUUUGGAAUUUCUUCAUGCUGGUCCGCAAUUCCUUCUAGCAACACUCCGCCAGCGAUACUGGCCCAUCGGAGGUCUCAAGGCUGUCUCAAAUAUCAUCAACAGGUGCGUGCGCUGCUUUCGAAUGCGACCUAAACUUCUGGAGCAAGUCAUGGCCCCGCUACCAGCUGAGCGUGUGCAGCCAAGUCCGACGUUUCACGUAACUGGCAUCGACUUUUGCGGUCCUUUCUACGUCAAAUCAGAGAAAACCCGAAUGACUUGGAGAUACUCACGCCUGGGCACUUCAUCUGGGGCAAAGCCAAUGCCACUAUCGACGAGCCAGACAUAACUCACCUAAGCAUAGGUCGCCUCAGCCGUUGGCAGCGAAUAUGUCACAUGCAGCAAUCAUUUUGGAAGAAAUGGAGUACAUCGUAUUUGUCGUUGCUCCAAGAGCGCGGGAAAUGGCGAUCGUCCAAGCAAAAUCUU